AUGAGAUUACUACCGGUCUCUUUUCGCAGUAGGAGAAGGGUCACCAGUCAGAUCAAAGAUGUUAUAAUUAUAGCUCUGGCUACCGGUAUUGCGGGUCUGAUCUUCUUUCGACCGCACUAUCGUCAUGAGAAAAGAAUAAUCCAGAGCCAGGAUCCGAACCUUGAGCACCGUCGCCAGGAUGGUGAUGGAACUAAUACCCAGAAGAUAUUCACACUUCGACCGGACCAGACGUUCUUCCAUACUUAUCCAGAUAACAAUAGAUACAUAUCUGGGGACACAUGGAGACCACCACAGUCGUUUGGCCCGCAAGUGGUCAAGUAUGAUGACAACAAAGAUGGUCAGUUUGGCAAGAUUAAUCUUCAACAGCGCCUCACAGCAGAUCAUACUGUCAAUGCUAAUAAGAUACUGUUGCUUCUUAAAACUGGAUCCAAAACUCUAUGGGACCGUGUGCCAGUGCACUUUUUCACCACCCUUACGAGGUUCCCAAAUUUUGCAUUAUAUUCAGACGCAGCUGAUUCGAUAGCUGGCUACGAAGUGGUCGACAUUCUUGCCAAUGUAUCACAGUCGCUGCUCCUGGAAAGCGAUCAAUUUUCUGUAUAUAGAUCCUACCGGCAACUACGAUCCAAGCAUAACUAUCUCAGAACUAGCGAUGUCGACGACAUUCCUGGAGGCUGGGAAUUGGACAAAUUCAAAAACAUCAGAAUGUUCUAUCAUGCCUAUAAAGAAGCACCAGAUAUGGAAUGGUAUGUCAUGAUAGAUGAUGACACUAUUAUUCUCGCAGACAAUCUGUCUAAAUACCUCCGUACGUUAGACCCUCGCAAGGAAUACUAUCUUGGCAGUGCAGUUGCUGGUCUGAAACAUAUAUUUGCCCAUGGUGGGUCUGGUAUCGUCCUGUCACAGGGUGCUAUGAAAAAGGCAUUUGGCAGUCCAUCCUCAGAAGACUGGGUAGAACAGUAUACCCUGAAAGCAGAGAAUGAAUGCUGUGGUGAUUACAUGGUUGCCAUGUAUCUUAAAGAGACGGCCGAUAUAUCUCUAGACUUUUCAGCUUCCGGUGGUCGGUUUCAAGGAGAACCUAUCUGGGCAGUUCCAUGUAGUGCCAACAACUGGUGCCAGGAAAUAAUCACACUACACCACCAAGGACCAGCGGAUUUCGAGCUUCUUUGGGAGUACGAACGAGUGCGCAAAUCGUCUGGCAAUAAAGGACCCAUUCUAUACCGGGAUAUCUACAACGACUUUGCCAAACCGUACCUGUCCAAAGACCCCCAAAAGAACUGGGACAACGGAGCCAAAGACGUCGAAUACUCUUGGGCAAUCGAGUACGAUAAAGCUCAAUCUGAAGGCAGUAAACAACUGCCACUUCCACAAGAUGCUUCGUCUGAACCGUACGCAUCCUUCGACCUGUGUAAACGCGAAUGCGAGGCCAAAACCGACUGUAUCAUGUAUCGCUACGACCCGUACUCUCGCUACUGUGGACUCAGCUCAUCAACCAUAGCACUCGGUCGUCCCGUAAUCAAAUAUGAUGACGACGGGUAUCACGACCGAUGUCGCGGUCUCGAAAUCAACUGUCCACCACGCGACACCAAACAAGACUCCCAUCAAAUGAUAUCUGGCUGGUACCUCGACCGAGCCAUCGCCAUGCGAAAGGCCAUCCCGUGCGAUAAACUUCACAAAACGCCCGACGCCGACGGUCAAGUCAACGGAGUCCGCGACCAAGUCGAGGGCUGGUAUAUCCGCGCCAAAUCACGCUACCCGGACUCGUUCCCCGACCCCCUAAAACACCUGUAA